AUGUCCGUCAUUGGCGUCCGUCAUCUUCCCAAUCCGGUGUCGACUUUGUACCACCUUUCUUGCGCAGCAAACCGGACACUUUUAGGGCGAGACAAUCAAGACCAGGAAGAUAAGAUGAGUCUUCACUCUGGCGCCACGGCCUUUUCGUCACAAAAGUCCUCCGGCAAUAAUCAACAAGAAUCCAACGUGAAAGUUGAAGAGAGCGAGCGAUUUUUAUCCCACCUGUCAGAGCAAAAUGACAUGUGCCAACCUCCCAAAACAUUUGAUCCCGACAUCAAGACGGAAGGCGGCCAGAUUUCCCAGCCAAGAAGGUCCGAAGAGUGUCAUCACAGCGAAAAUAAAAUUGCUGUGGAGGAACCGGUACAUAGAGAACAUGAAACCAGCGGCUUUAAAAUGGAGAACGAUGAUGACCUUGCAGAUGAUCUCAGCAACGGUGAUGAGGUCACCGAUGAUACGGCAAUGUCUGCCGGUGAUGGGGCGAUUGAUAAAAAGAAAUCCAAGCGUUUUCGCCUCACUCACAACCAAACUCGUUUCCUGAUGAGCGAAUUCACUCGACAGGCCCAUCCGGAUGCCGCCAAACGCGAAAAACUCUCGCGAGAAAUCCCAGGCCUCAGUCCGCGUCAAGUACAAGUUUGGUUCCAGAAUAGAAGAGCAAAACUGAAGCGACUCACCAGUCAAGACCGGGACAGAAUACUCAAGUCCAGAGCACUCCCUGAGCAUUUCGACAGAUCUCAAAUGCUAAACCAUGCCUACCCUUCCGGACAGUCUUCAGCCUCUGGUCCUCCUCACCGAUCGUCAAUUGCAAGCAGCUAUUCGAAACCUUUGGCGGUGAACACUUUUCAAAGAACCUCCACUGACAACUACUCCAUUUCUCCUGCUACUGCGGCAGCAUCAGCUUAUGGAAAUUACGCCAGUUCCCCUGUUUCAACAGUCUUAUCUGAGUCGAUUUCCCCCACAUCAAAUACUAGCAAUGGAAUGACAAUUGCCAGCUCAACCGUUAGCUUGCCAGGGAUUCCGGGUAUGCAUCAAGCACACCCUCAAGGCUAUGCUCGAGCCCACAGCUUUUCUACCUCAUAUACCGGCUCCUGGCAACAAUUACAUACGCCGAGAAUACAUAUGUCAUCAUUAGACUCUGGAAUACACUCAGAUUCCAUGGUUCAUCGCCCUGGGAAUACCUACCAAGAACAUGGUGGAUCAUUAUCAGAUGCAUCAUCUUAUGAUAGACAUUCAUCUUUAGCAAGUUCUGCCGGACAAGGUACUCAAAAUGAUGGAAGCUUUCAGUCUAGGUUGGCGUAUCAAGGACAUUCACGACAACCCCAAAACGAAGUAUAUCCCCCAUCCAGCCAAGCUGUAUCUGAAUCGCACGCCGGCUUUUCUCCGGCAAACUUUCGACAAGUACCUCCACUACAGACAGCCCAUCUUCCUCCUCCACAAGAAUACCAAAUUUCGCCAUUUACGCCGUCUUAUAAUUAUGAUUCCUUCUACCAAUACGCACAAGAAAAUACUUCUGCAGUUAGUUUGCCGGCCUCAUUUAUUCGAUCAGAAACAAGUUACGAUUCGCCUACGGGCUAUCCUUAUGACGGCGAUAUGGGUAAAUUUGGGGCCUCGUACCCAGGAGAUGCACGAUGA